CUCAUCACACUUCACUGAGCCUGAAUAGCUUUAACUGUCUUACAGUUUAAGGGGGGAUGUUGGAGCUCCUGUGGCUUCAAUCUGUUGCCAAGAUGAAUGAAAAUCUUUCCCUGCACAACUCACUAUUAACUGGCUGUUAAGUCGCAGGAAAAAGAUAUUGACACUUGGUUUCAUCAGCAGACUAUAGGCGUAGUCCCUUUAUGGGCACUAGGUGUGAGGGUCUUGAGGAGGAUGCAAGUAAUUCCACAGCUAAAUAAAUAAAUAAAUUCACAAGAGAAGUGACGAGGUCCCCCAUGAGGUCUGUGGUGAUGAAUGGAGAUAAAAGCUUUGCCUCAGUUUUCAGAGUGAUGUAGGUGUUGAAAAUGUGGUGCAUUCACUGUGUGAGUUUGGGUGGAUGACGACACUUCUCCCCGAGCAUUGCAGGAUGAAAAGGGAAUCAGUUAAGUGAUAUUAAAUGAGAUUUCAAAAUAAAAAUAAAUAAAUAAAUAAACGUGUGUGAAAUUUUGGCCUGGGCUCGGUUGACGUCUGUUGGAUGUGACUGUAAUUUCCUUUCACCGAAGAUUGUUGCAGUAAAAGAGAUUGCAUCUGUGCACCGGGUGACACGAUGAUACCAACUCACUCACUUCACAAGGGCUUGUUCGUGAUGGUGCUCUGUAUGGACAAGAAGCUGUGCCAUGACAGAGGGCAACGUGGGUAAAAGAGACAUGCGACACCCAGCCCCGCAUCACUGCCACCUCUUCCUGGGCGGGGCCUUGCUGCUUCUCCUGGCCAGCUCAGCUCUGAGCUGCCCCGCCCGAUGUGAGUGCUCUGCCCAAAGCAAGUCGGUCAGUUGCCACCGCAAGCGCCUGCCCACCAUCCCUGAAGGCAUCCCCAUCGAGACGCGCGUCCUGGACCUCAGUAAGAACAAACUACGCAUCAUCACGCCGGACAACUUCUCCUCAUUCCAGCAGCUGGAGGACCUGGAUCUCAGCGACAACCUCAUCAGCGUGGUCGAGCCGGGCUCAUUUCGCUCUCAGCUCGCUCUCCGCUCGCUCAACUUCCGCAGCAACUUGCUUCAGCUGGUUCCUGCUGGUGUGCUGUCAGGUCUGACCAACCUCACCCGCCUUGACCUCAGCCACAACCGACUGGUGGUCCUCUUGGAUCAUGCCUUCCAAGAUCUGCGCAGGUUGUCAUCUCUGGAGGUGGGUGAUAAUGAACUAGUUUUCAUCUCUCAGCGGGCUUUUACAGGAUUACUGGGACUCCAGAGUCUGACCCUGGAACGGUCCAAUCUGACCGUGGUCCCCACUGAUGCUCUGGCACAUCUGCACAGUCUGGUCGAACUGCGCAUGCGCUACCUGAGUAUUAGUUUUCUAAAGCCUUUCUCCUUUAAAAGGUUAUCUCGUCUCCGCCAACUGGAGAUUGAUUACUGGCCCUGGCUGGACACACUGCCUCCCCUCUCACUGCACGGACUCAACCUCACAAUGUUGUUCAUAACCAACACUAACCUGUCUGCCUUCCCUGGCGCAGUGCUGCGCAACCUGCCCUACCUCACACAUCUCAACUUGUCCUACUGCCGCAUCCAGCACAUCCAUCAGGGAGAGCUAGGCCAACUCCCACACCUGGUGGAGCUCCGCCUACAAGGGGCUCAGCUGGUCUCUAUCGAGCCCUUUGCUUUUGUGGGUCUCAAAUCCUUGCAACUACUGGAUGUGUCACGGAACCGUCUGGACUCUCUGGAGAGGGGAGUGUUUGCCUCACCAGACAGCCUCCAGAGGCUUUGUCUUGGAGGAAAUCCAUUAGUGUGCGACUGCAGAUUGCUUUGGCUCCUCAAUAGCCACAAGCCCCCCUCUUUGCAGAUUCUGGAUGUCCAGCCUGAGUGCAGUGCCCCCGAGCACCUCCUGGGGAAAACUCUGCGUGACCUCAGGGAGCCUCUGGUGUCUAGGUACAUGACCUGCACCAGGCCACGAAUUGGACCCAACACGACACAGCUGCUGAUGGCUGAUGAGGGUCAGCCCGCCCGCUUGAGCUGCAUGGCAGAGGGAGCGCCUCGGCCCUCUGUGGUCUGGAUUACACCUCACAGACGCUACAUCACAGCCAAGAGCAGUGGUAGGGUGGAAGUCCAACCAGAUGGCACCCUGGAGAUCAAGGCAGCGGAGCUGCAUGACAGCGGGGUGUACUUGUGUAUUGCCAGUAACCCUGCUGGCAACGCUAGCCUGUCAGCAUCUUUAGCUGUGAAGAGCCUGGGCAUUGGGGACAGAUCUCACUAUAGCAACAGGAGCUCAAACUAUCUGACAGACUCUAACAGCACAUGGGGGAAUGGGACAGUACUGUACAACAUGACAGUCCCCAUAGACAUUAAGACUAUCAUUAUAUCUACAGCCAUGGGCUGCCUGUCCUUCCUAGGUGUGGUCAUAUUCUGCUUCCUGCUUCUGUUCGCCUGGAGCCGAGGGAAAGGACGUCAUAAGAGCAACUUUGAUAUUGAAUAUGUCCCUCGCAAAUCAAACGGGGCAGCGGCCGAGGUGACAGAAACAAGUGGCCCAAGACGGGUCAACAUGAAAAUGAUUUGAAAAGGAUGCAGACUGACGUACAUGAUAACAACGUCAACAACACAGUGCACACAUAUCAGCUGAAAUUUUUUUUUUUCUAUGACACAGUGGAUUUGUGACAAAAGAAAGUGAUGUACUAUUAUAGUGGGUGUCAAUAUGACGGUGAUCUAGUGAUAAAGUGGACAUGUGAAUAUAAAAGUGAUAUAUGAAACUGUGGACGUGUUUAUAUGAAAUAAUGUUCUCAUACAGUACAUUGAAUAUAAUACUAUAACCAACAUAUCAAUAUGAGAGUGAUAGUGCUGCACUAGGCAUGUGUUUCAGUGGUGAUGUGAUGAGUAAUGAUGUUGUCGACUCACCAUGACAUCAAGGUGGAGGAGGGAGCCGCUGGGAGUGACAGGGGACGCCUUUGCGUGGCAGUAGAGCUAUCAUCGCUGCAACAUGUCAGGACUAAAUUGUCUAAUACCCAUCUUAGCUGCAGUAUGAAAGGCGUGUGUCGUGUUCAUGUGUGCGCGCAUGUGUGUAUGUGUGUGUGCAUCAGUGUGCGCAUGUUGCAUUCGUGUGUUUCUUUGUGCAUGUGCACGCAUUGCCUUUCUUGUUGGACGGAACAAUUAAAAUGAAUGAUAGGGUCCAAAGCGUUUUUUCCAGGCCUUUGUUCUUGUUCGAUCACUGUAACAACAGUGUUGUCGCUGUUGAGUAAAACAGAGGAUGAUCUAUGUUUGUAUGCAAAAUCACAAUUAUCAUAUUCAAGAGAAAUGCUGCAUAAAUUUUGAAAUAGGUCAACGUCCCCCUUGGAAUGACUCUGACAUUAGAUGGGGAUUUUUCAAAACUCAAGGAAAUGUUAAACACACACACACACACACACACACACACACACACAAACACAGUAGUUACAGUGUGAAGCCAGAGCUUUGUCUUUACAACAGAGCUCACUUUCCUGUGAAAUAGCAGUGGUCUGUGGUGUUAUUACUCCGGAAAGGCUUCCAGCUAUAGAAAUGGCAUGUUAAACCCAUUUUAUAACAUAAUAAAUCAUGGGCAGAUUUUCCUGCCAGACAAAUCCCUUGAUAUGAUAUAAAAGAGUCGGUGACCAGACACAAUGGCAAAGAUUUACUGGCCGGUGCCCUCUUUGGGACAAGACAAAGUUGAGCUUCACAGAUUUAUAGGUUGAAUUUCUCCCCCCUUGCAUUUUUCUUUGAUCGCACCACUUCAAGCUAGCGUGUGCGGGUUCUUCCCUGGGGCACCGAGGGGUUCUGGGUAUUUAAUAGAUGGCAAUUUGAAAGUUGUAGUGGAAUCUUGUAUUGUUUAGUUUUUUUGUUGAAAAAUGUUUUAAAUGUUUAGAAAAAAAAGUAAAUUGAGGGCAAUUCUUUGUAUUGCAGGGAUGUGGGUGUUCAACUUGUGUGAUCCUGUUGUGAUAAAAAUGUUCAAGGUUGUAUAAUUGUUUUCAUAUGACAAAUUUAUGGGUAUAUUUUCAAAUUGAAAUAAAUCUUAAUCAUACCCCUAAGAUUGUAGUUCCAGUAGUUAAAAUUUUGUUUAGUGGCUUUACAGUGACCUGAAUAUGUUUUAAAUCAUUUCUAUAUUAUAGUAUUAUUAUACCAUUCUAAUUCUAAUAUCACCAUGAAAAAUAUCCCUAAAGUAACUAAUUAUAUUUCUCUGUCACUAAGUAUUGUGUUAAUACAGUACAGUCCUGACUUUACUGACUUUGCCCUGGUUUUUUCCUUUUAUAUCAUAACAACAAUGUCAUAAAGUAAACAUUUUGUUGUAGCUACUCAUUGGGUUAAUGGCUUUUUCCCUUAUGUGGUCAAUAUAAUAUGGGGAACAUUUGAUAUGUCUAUUUAUGUUUCCUCCUUGCUGUUUUUACAGCUGACUCCGUGUGUCCUGUCCGAAAGGGUAAAAGGGCUUAUACUAGUUAGCUCUUACAGGUAUCAAUGCACUCGUCGAGCCUGAACACUACAGUAUGUUCAUUAUACAGGUUAAAAUUUGAAUUUGUCCAAGAUUUUGUUUUAUGACCAAAUAAACGAAUGGCAUUCCCGUCAGCCUCAACUGUA